CGGCAUCAUGUGAGCGGGGCCGGGCCAGGCCGGAAUGGGCUGGGGUGAGGAGGGGAAGGGAGGGCACAGGAGCUCUGUGCACCGGCGGCAGCGAUGGGGUCGGCGGUGCUGAGCGGGCUGGCCUUGGCCUUGGCCUUGGUCUUGGCCCUGGCCCUGGCCCUGGCCCUACCCUCCGUGGCCCUGGAAAACGGGCUGGCGCUCACCCCCCCCAUGGGCUGGCUGGCCUGGGAGAGGUUCCGCUGCAAUGUGGACUGCCGGGCGGACCCCCGCAACUGCAUCAGUGAGACGCUCUUCUUUGAGAUGGCAGACCGCCUGGCAGAGGAUGGCUGGAGGGAGCUGGGCUACCAGUACAUCAACAUUGACGACUGCUGGUCUGCCAAGCAGCGGGACGUGGCGGGACGGCUGAUUCCUGACCCAGAGAGGUUUCCCAGGGGGAUUAAGGCUCUGGCUGACUACGUCCAUGCCCGUGGCCUGAAGCUGGGAAUUUACGGUGACCUGGGCACCCUCACAUGUGGGGGCUACCCAGGCACUACACUGGACCGUGUGGAGCAGGAUGCCCAGACCUUUGCAGAGUGGGGUGUGGACAUGCUGAAGCUGGAUGGGUGCUACUCGUCGGGAGAGGAGCAGGCACAGGGCUACCCAGAAAUGGCAAGGGCCUUGAACGCCACAGGCCGCCCCAUCGUCUACUCCUGCAGCUGGCCAGCAUAUCAGGGGGGGCUCCCCCCCAAGGUGAACUACACCAUCCUGGCAAAUGUCUGCAACCUGUGGCGUAACUACGAUGACAUCCAGGACUCCUGGGACAGUGUACUUUCCAUCCUGGACUGGUUCUCUGCAAACCAGGAUGUGCUGCAGCCGGCAGCUGGCCCUGGACACUGGAAUGACCCAGACAUGCUUAUCAUUGGAAAUUUUGGCCUUAGCAAUGAGCAGUCACGCUCCCAAAUGGCGCUGUGGACAGUGAUGGCAGCUCCACUCCUCAUGUCCACGGAUCUUCGCACCAUAUCCCCGAGCGCCAAGGAGAUCCUGCAGAACCGCCUGAUGAUCCAGAUCAACCAGGAUCCCCUAGGAAUCCAAGGGCGCAGGAUUGUCAAGGAGAAAUCCCACAUCGAGGUGUUCCUGCGCCCGCUGUCCCAGGGUGCCAGUGCCCUCGUCUUCUUCAGCCGGAGGACAGAUAUGCCCUUCGUCUACACCACCAGCUUGGCCAAGCUCCACUUUCCCCAGGACACCGUGUAUGAGGCACAAGAUGUGUACAGUGGGAAGAUCAUGAGUGGCUUAAAAACAGGAGACAGCUUCUCGGUCGUUAUUAACCCCUCAGGGGUGGUGAUGUGGUAUCUCUACCCCAUGGCGCUCCCAGCGCAGUCCUGGCAUGUUGUCAGACAGCAAGCUCUCAGCAAGAGUUUCCGCCCCGUCCUCCUGUGACAAGGCUCAGUGGACGGGAGUGUGGGUCAGUGCCGGCAUGAGCUGCGAGACCCUGGGACACAUGGCUCUUCACUAUACAAGUGCCUUUCGCUGAAGUGCCCAGCAGUGCUGGGGUGUGACCAUUCCUCCAGUAACAGCUUGAUUAUGUCUACUCACUCUGUGUAGAGCAGGAAUUCUUGUUACCUGCCUCCUAAGGGUGUGCAGAGCAUAAUUCCUUGGUGAUUGCAAAGCCCUGUGAGAUACUCCUGUGGAAGAUGUCGUACAAGCAGAGUCCAGUCACUGUUGGGAGCUGGUCAGCUCUGACACCUGAGUGCUGCUUCAAGCUGAAUACCACUGACUGCUGCAGGGGCUGUUUGAAUAUCUGUCAAAAGGCUUUGGAUGCUUUAGUAUCUUCUAGGUUAGUGACACCUCCCCCCCACCAUGUGUGAUGGCAUUACCCUCAAGUAUCAGACUUGGUCACCUUCCUUCCUUUGCUGUAAUCAGCUUGGCUUAGAAUAAGGGGCUGUCAAUAGGGCUGCAUCCUUCCAAUGUACCCUCCUGUCCUGGUUUAAACCUGGCUGGCAACUAAGCACCACACAGCUGCUUGCUCACCCUCCCCUACCCUGGGGGAGGAGGGGAAAGAAGCGGAGGGGUAAAGGUAAGGAGACUUGUAAAUUGAGAUAAAAGCAAUUUAAUAAUUGAAAUAAAAUAAUAAUGGUUAUUAGAAUAAUAGUAAUAAUAGAAUAUAUAGAUGAGUAAUGCACAGUAGAAUUGCUCACUACCUGCUGACCGAUGCUCAGCCCAUUCCUGGAUAGUGAUCCUAGAGCAGAGAAAAUCCUGAAACCACAAUCCCCGAAGAGCAAGAUGUAUGAUAUGGAAUAUUCCAUUGGACAGUUCAGGUCUGCUGCUCUGGCUCUGCUCCCUCCCAGCUUCUUGUGCACCUGUGUUUUAGCAGGACAUGGGAAGUUGGAGAGUCCUUGAUUUCGUAGCAACAACUAAAACCAAUCAGUAUAUUAUCAACACUCUUAUGCCAAAUCCCAUACUGAAUCCAAAACACAUCAUUAUCCUAGCUACUAAGAAGAAAAAUUAACUCUGUCCCACCUGAAACCAAGACACCUCCCCAGGACCAAGAGCUCCUGGAGGUAUGAUGGUCCUGUGCAGAGAUGUUUUGCUUGCAGGCCUUGCUCCUGCUGCCAGGAUCCUGGAGGCCAGCACUACAUCAGCCUACCACGCAUGCUAGCAUUGUAUUAAAGCCCCUCUGGUAUUAGAUCACAGCAAAGCAAAAACCUCCACUGGUCAUGUACAACCCCAGCAGCCUUGCUGUGGUACAGCACCAAAAACUGCAGAGCCGUAGUGUGUUGUGCACAAAGCAGUGUCAGGAAGAUGCAAAUGCUCAGCUGAGGUUGUCUUUUUCGUUGGGAGAUGGUCACAGUUGCCUCCCAGCAGCAAGUUGCAGCUUGUUCUUGCUCUACGCAGGGAAUUCCUGCUGAAAGGGGGCUCAGGCCCUCUUCCAGCAGGCUGAGCACUCGGAGCUUCUCAGGGAAAGGCUCCUCCUCCUCCCAAAGACAGCUCCAUCCACAGCUCCAUCCUGAGGAGGAGCCUGCACUAGUAAACUGGAAGUGAGUAGUGGGACAGACUAAAGCCCUCAACUGCUUCACCUUCAUACAGCACACAUCCCAUGAGGAGUUUAAGAGCAGACAUGACCUGCCCCAACUGCCUUGGAGCAAGGUGCAGCAUUUGUGAAGAUUGCUUCUUAAAAUUGCAGCCCAGGGACACCGACACAAGAUUAAGCCUGAGACCGAGGAAAUAAAGGGGAAAAAAAAAUUAGUAUCCCAUUUCUGUGCAGAUGCUGGAGGGUUCCUGGUCAUCCACUUACUCUGGUUCCUGCAGGAUCAAAUGUCUGAUUCUGGCCACUUCCAGAAACUUUGUCUGAGUGCAGCGCAAAGAUACUGAACACGAUGCUUGCCAUGCUAACAAGAAAGGACAAGUGCACUUCAUGUCUUUAUACAGGAACUGGCUUUGUUCUUGGGGAGCGAUUGAGACAAAUUAACUAAAAUAAAGGGGAAGCAGAUUACAGACUCUCCGUUUCAUGUUUAUUCAGUGUUGCUAGCUACAACUACAUGGUUAAUGUAGGAUUACAGUACCAUUACCUCAAAACAGGAACAACUGUGCAAAGAAACAGAACUGGUUUCCUGCCAGAGACUAGACUGAUGCAUAGUAGGAAAUGGCUUUCCAGUAGUUACAGGUUAGCAGAGCAACAGCUUUCCCUGGCACAAGGGAAAAAAGAUUUUACAGUGCAGAGUUAAGUGCCAUUUUCCUUUACCAUGCAUUUAUUUUUCCCUCACUGAAAAGAAAUUGGCUAGCAAGGACUUCCUCUUAAACACAUGCCUUCCCUCCAGCAGUAAAUUUACAUAGGAGAGGUGCUGUGAAUACAGCCAUAGGGCAUUAGAAGGGUGGUGACAUGAGGACAUGAACAUGUGCCAGUUCUGGGUCUCAGGGUGAGAGCCUUCCACCCUCCCCAGGAAGCAGGAUGAUGAGCCCCACCUUCUUCUCUGGCCCCAGUUACUUGAUUCCAGAUCCAGGUUAGCCAUGCACCAAGGAGAAAGGACUGGUUCACAGCCAACCCGAGAGCAAACCACCAGUGACUGCUGUUUGCUCCAGCCUCCCGUGCAGCAGGCAAGAAUGACGGUGAACACAACACACACAACAGUGAACAGGCAGCUAUAGGUAUCAACACUCUUGUAUUAAAGUGCAAUUCAAAAAGUUAACAAACAUUCAUGGUUGUUUUGGGGUUUUUUUAAGAUAUAGUUAUUAGAAUAUCUCUAACUCAGACUUAAAAGGUGUUUAUAGAGGUACUUCCCCCUAUGCAGGGCUAAUUUAGGAAUUCACACAUGGAAGUCUCACUUACUGGAGAGACCUGACAUGCAGGGAAGUAAGAAGGGAAACAUUCCUUCCCCUUCACUGUGAAGGUAGGAAGGCUGUACAAAGAAUUACAAUCACCCCGUAUGUAAAGGAUCACCAGACUAGAGGAACUCUCUUCAGAGCAGGUUUAAUGGCACUAUGUCCUAAGGAAGAAGGAAAGGUUGUGGCUGAGCAGCCACUCUGCAGGAGAGCUGAGCAUCAGUAACAUCCACCCCAGACAGUGGUUUUCAGCUGAGAGCGGGCACUGCACCCCUAAGCAACCCAACUCUGGAAUUCCAGUGCUGACUCUCCCACGCUGCUCAGAUGUAGUCAUACACAUGCUGGCUGUAGUGGGCUGAGGAAGAGAUGAAGGCCAGUUUUCCCCCGUGGAGCUAGCUCACAGCACAAGCUUGCUCAGCAGAGGGAGUCAGGGCUACAGGACCUGUCUCCUGACAAGGCUAGUGCCAGGUCAACUUCCUAAUGGAACAUAUUUUGCUCCAAGGCAAGCAGCCUCCUGUGCAGCACUUGACUCCAUUACGCUUGAAUAACAGCUGCUUGACACAAGAUCACUGCACAGAUAUAUGAGACCUGCUUCGAUGAGAGGGAAAGGAAGACCGAUUUGCACACCUGCCAGUCUCAACUCCCUGCCCUGUGGCACACCUUUGUUUGCUUCAAUGCCUACAAAGGCAGGCUGACUGGGGCCCAUCCCCUUCCCUCUUGCAUAGUUCAAGGCUUCAGUGUCUCUUAGGAUGAACUUCCCAAGACUGGUAGUCUAGAACAUAAAACACACUGUUCCAGCACGAUACAGGACUUCCAGAGUCCCAUCUCACAGUGAGCUGUGCCAGAAUUUAAGGGAAUUUAACACCUUUCUAGGGCACCAAGGGUCUAUGCAAGGAACCUCAUGGCUCUCUAUACCUUUCCCCUUGAGUGGUGCUUCAGAAGUCAAAAGUUUGGCAUUCCAAGUAGUUUUACUCCAAGAUCCCAGAGCCUUCAUAUUUUAGUCCUAGAUUAGUGAUGUAGUCUACUGGUGGUUUAAGGAGUAGUCCAUCUCUCUCCUCAAGCCAAUGGCAGAGCAAAAAGCGCUUCAACC